GGCGAGGAGGAGUCUAGUCAGGUUGGGACUGCUGGACACCGGCGGGCUGCAAGCGCCUGCCGUCCCCCGGAGCGUCGUUAUGCCGAAAUCCGCUACGAGCCUGACAAGGAUUUCAGAUCCCGCACAAUUGCAGCAGGCGAUCUCCUGUGCGACGGCAGCAAAGAACAUUGCUCUGCGCGUCUUGCACGGAUGGGUCUUUAAGUCCGGGAACCGCCCCCGAGGAUACAAUCUCGCUUUCCAGUACGUGUUGGAGUCGGUGGCGACGGACAUUGCGCAUGCCAUGUGGUACGGCGAGGAGUGGAGCAACGUCGUGAGUGGGGCCGUUUGCACGCACACAAUCGACCUCAACAUGGACUUGCCACUGUGGUUUGUGGGCGCGAACAUCGAGGACAGGCCGGAGGACGACGACAUGGCGGCACACCAGGAGUCGACCGUUGUAUGCAUCGCACAUGCAUUUCACGACGGGUUCAUCUCGCACGACCGUCUCUCAAGGAUUGCAGAUUGCUUCAGACUUUUGUUGGCGGCCAGCAUGUGGUUGAUGCGUAUGGCGGGAGACGAUCCGCGCAGCCACUACGAAGCCUUCUACUUCGCGAAGCUGGUUGCGAAGCCCACGCUCGUCGCGUCCAUGCAUCGCUCGUUCGAUCAUAGACAGUCCAUCAUCCGAGCCACCAGACUGGGGAAGGCGAACGCCACCUUUGGAGAGUACCCCAAGUACAUCCCCGACUGGGCUUCCUGCAGCAUCGUCUUUGGGCACGACGCGAGCAUAACGGGUCCGGAGGACGCGAAGAGGAGGGAUUGGUUGGGUUCGGGCCCCUUGGAGGACGACGACAACGACGAUGGGAAAGACGACGCGUAGGGGGGGGGGGGAGGAGGAAGGGGGAGGGUAUUGCUGCUGCUCACACGUG